CUAACGCAAGCAGGUUUGUGACGAGACUAAUAUCUCCAUGUGCCAAAAGAGAGAAACACGUGUGUGCGCUGGCGCGCGCGCAGUCAAACUACUCUGAAUUAUUUUUUCGCCUGCCAACGAUUGGAGGGGGCUCCAUCGCCUGACCGGACCUCGGCCUGACACUCGAAUCCAAGGGUGUCGCCAAAAGGGAAGAGCGUGCUUCUGCUCUCCCAGCUUUAUACGCAGUGCGCUCGGUGAGGAGCUGCAGAAGUAUUCGGCCUAGUCUUUCCGCCCUCCUUCCUGAGCCGGCGAAAGAAACCGAGCCUGGCUCUUGCUGUGGAAAGCAAGUUCCGCCAUGCUGAGAGGUUUGCGGAGGUGCUGGGAGUCCUACAAGUACCGUUUCGUGCCCUGGAUCGCGCUCAAUCUCCGCCACAAGCGCAGAACUCUACGGUUUGUACCAGAAGAAUCUAAAGACAAAAUUGUUUCAGAUGAAGUUGUUCUUCAAACACUACUGAAAACCUUUAGAGCUUUAUUUGUAAAUGACUUGAGGAGACAAACGUUUCUUCUUAACUGUCUUCCAGAAGUUAAAUCUAAAUAUCUGGAAUUACAGAAAGCUCAGUCUCAAACAUCCCAAGCAAUUGAUGACAACAAUCAUAGUCAAACCCUCUUUCAUCCAGAAGACGUUCUGUUUAAUACUUUAGGAUUCAGCAUUACUCGAAGGCACAGUUCACUGAUUUCUGCUGGAAUAGGAGUCUUCGUAACAAAAGGGUUUGUUCCAAAAGGAACAGUUGUAUCUAUGUAUCCUGGUACCGUCUAUGAAAAGUAUGAGCCCAUAUUUUUCCAGUCCAUUGGCAAUUCUUUCAUAUUUAGAUGUAUAGAUGGGGUACUUAUUGAUGGGAAUGACAAGGGAAUAUCAAAAGCUAUAUACAAGUCAUGCAGCAAAAGAGAUCAAAUUGGUCCUUUUAAAAUGAGUGAUGUCUUUUGGCUUACAACCGGUGUGCAGAAUCCACUGGCAGUGGGACAGUAUGUCAACAAUUGCUCAGCCGAUAAAGCAGCCAAUGUGUGCUAUCAGGAAUUUGAUGUACCUGAACAUUUUCCUAUAGAAUUUAAACAGUAUCUUCCAAACAUAGAAUAUAGCCAUGAAGUAUGGAGGCCCCUGAGAUGUGUAGUUUUGGUUGCUCUCCAAGACAUCAGGCCAGAUGAAGAACUUUUCUCAAACUAUUACACAAUUAUAAACUGAGCCAUUAAUCAACCAGCUUUAGACUCCUAAGAUAGACUGCUGAAGUCAGCCACUGAGACUGCCAUUUUGGCACUGGUAAUGUGAUGUGUGCGAUUCUCAAAAUCAACACCCAAGUUAUUCACAGAAACAUCAUUCAUAUACGAUUCUGGAACUGCAAUUCCCAUUUUUAGUCUCUUUGCAGGCCUUUCAGAUUCCUCGUUGCACAUGUUCAUUGGGUUUAACUCUGAGUGAUAAAAUCCAGUCUCAAAUAAAUUAAAACAAUCACUUUCACCAUUACUAGGUAAGUUAAGCAAAUCUUCCGUUACAACAGGCACGUGAUUAACUGCUGUCCGGGGCAAGCUGUCCAGAGGUGGGAAGGUAUCAUCUAAGCAGUUCACAUCUGUAGAGUGGCAGACUGUGGCUACACUGUUGGUCAGUGCUGGAAGAAAAAAAAAAAAGGUUUCAUCCAAAAUGUCACCAUUACCCUGACAUACAGUAGCAAGAAGCUAUUCCAAGCCGCCUUCCCUGCAUCCUUCAAUUUACCUGUUAAAUCACUGGCAGUGAUAGAGCUCAGAAUGCUGAGCUGUUGGUCAGGAAUGGGCUCCGGUCUGCUGUUGGACGUUACGGCAGAAGAAUGUACAGCUCCACCAAGAGCUUCUGCUUCAUCUACCAACCGAUCCAUAUAGUCCCUGAAAGGACAAUGAUCGUCUUCAGACAAGUUAACUGACUCUGAUCAGAAGAUUAACAUCUUCAGAAUAUCAUUGAUGCAAUAUUAUAACAUGAAUGUGAAAUUGUAAAGGAAAAAAGCCAAAAAAGAAAACCUUCCAAGGGCUUUGAACUUACGUGACUCCAGGAUGAUGGUUGUAUCUCUUUUUUCCAAAUCUAGUUUGUUGAGCAAAGUAGUCAUAUCGUUCAGAUUUCUUCCACAUGUAGUAAAAUGCUACACAUUCAGCAACUGUUCUGGUUCUCACCUAAAAUGAGGAAGAAUUGACACACUCAGAAGACUUGGCACACUCGAGGCUUGAUAUUCUUAUCUGUGACAGAUCCUUACUGGAAAAUACUGAGUGCAAAACUUUAGGAGGCCUUGAUUUUCAGCUGUGGUUGCAAGUUAAAACUGCAAAACUGCAAAUACCAUCUCAAUUCUGUCAGCACAGAAGUGGAGGAGACUGGGUUUAUUACUUGAAAGGCAAGCUUUCUACACAGCUUUGCUAUUUAAGCCAGCAUGGUGCAGUGGUCAGAGUGUUGGGACUAGGAUCUGAGAGACCAGGGUUCAAAUCCCCACUCAGCUAUGAAACUUGCUGGGUGACCUUGGGCCAGUUGCGGUCUCUCAGCCUAACCUACCUCCACAGGGUUGUUGUGAGGAUAAAAUGGAGAGGGAGGAGAAUCAUCCUUGGUGGGAUAUAAAUGUAAUAAGAAGUAAAAUUUGCCAUUUAGCAUGUCCAAAUUUUCUUCACCGAAGGCAAUUUAAACAGCUGAUUGGUAGGAGAUACUACUUCUAGAUAAUGAAAUACAUAAUCAUCUCUCCAAAAUGCACAUAAAAGCUUGCUAUAUAUUGAGAACUUUACACGAUGUAUUUAAUUCUAAGAAAAUAGAUUACAUGGGAGAAAAAUUCCAAAUGCUUGUGUAUUCAAUUCCUAUGGGUUGAAUUCAGCUUGUGCAAGAGAAAUUCUCCUUCCUCCAUGUGCCCCCUGCAUCACCCUCAAAUCUGCUCCAGGGCUUAGGGGAAUUCCAGAGCAUAUUUGUUGGGGAUGCAGGUGAAGUUUCACUGCACAAGUGAAAGCUGUUCUGCUCAUGCAAUGACUUUGUUGGAUACCAUCUAUUAUCUUUAAAAACGCAUUUGUCAUCAGCGUCUUCAGAAGGAAGUCAUAGCCAAUCUAAUCUCUCUCUCAGCUUUCAUAGUCUAUUCCAUGGCACUUGUGUAUUUACAGAGUAGUUAAUGACAAGAACUUAAUGUAUAAAUUAUAGUCUAGUGAUUACCUAACCUUUAAUUUUUACUGCAAUUUAUUUAGAUCUCUAGCAGUUAGUAUUUUCCCUCUGCCAUUUUUAGAUUGAUU